AUGUCGACUUCCGAGCCAACCCACCCACCUCAAUUCCGUCCCUUCUCAGUCCACGUCCACCCCAUUCCUCCGACCGAAGCAAAGGCAUGUGCAUACGAGCGCCGCCAUUCCAACUCUGCCAAGUGCAAGAACGCCUUGGUCUUUGUUGGUGGGCUGGGCACUGGUCCGCAUACAACCCACUACUUAGGACCCUUGAGCGACGCCUUGGAAAGAGCGAGUCUGAAGGAGGGAACUGAUGUACAUUAUAGUAUCUGGGAGCUGAGAAUGCGAAGUAGUUAUACAGGGUUCGGAUAUGGAAGCUUGAAGGAGGAUGCUGAAGACUUGAAGGUGUUGGUGCAGUAUCUGAAGGAGAUUGGGAUGAAGAAGAUUGUGUUGAUGGGGAGUUCCACCGGUGAGUCUUUGCCACGGAGAGGAUAUACUCUUCUUCGGUUUUUGCUAGUUGCUGACGAGCAAGAAGGAUGUCAGGCCAUCAUGACAUACGCAACUACCCUGCCAGCGCCUCCCCCGGUUGACGGCUACAUCAUGCAAGCCCCAACUUCAGAUCGCGAGACAGCGGGACUGCUCAUGCCACAAGACCUCCUCUCCGCCAGCCUCAAGCACGCCGAAUCUCUCAUUGCCAAAGGGGAAGAAAAGACCAUCAUGCUGAGCUCCUUCAUCCCACCAAUCAUUACGUCUCCGGUAACGGCAUACCGCUGGCACUCUCUAGUCUCUGUGGGAGGCGACGACGACUUCUUCUCUUCCGAUCUACCAGUUUCCGCUCUCCAGUCCACAUUCGGCAAACUGGAUAAGCCGACGUUGAUACUGAUGUCAGAGAAGGACGAGAUGGUACCUUCCACCGUGGAUAAGGAGGCUUUGCUGAAGAGAUGGGUUGAUACGAUUCCAGAUGGUUUGGCGAGUAAGCAGUGUCAGGUCAUUCCAUUCGAUGCUGACCAUGAGCUCUCUGGUGGUCAAGCAAUGCGGUACUUCAUCGAGACGGUUGUCAAAUUUCUCGAGGGAAUUGAUGCGGCAUCAGUUGGACAAUCAUGA